AUGAAUAACGACCGAAUCGAACAUCAAGAGGACGAGUACGGCUUCGACCAGCAGUUCUUGCGGCAUCUGAGCUCAGCCAGUGCUACUGCGGAACCGCUCUCGGCAAUUUCGGAUGCGAGUUCGGGAUUCUUCUCCCCAGAUACACAGAUUCUAGUACAGGAUAUGACCGAUAAUGUAGGCACUGCCUCUAACACUUCAAACCAUAUUUUUGGAGCACCCGAGCAAUUUUCCACGGGCCUUGUGUUCCCUCAUCCUCUGCAGAAUAUUCAGCGCGGAGAGUUUUUGUCGCCGCACUUCAAUGGUUUCAAUUCAGGUUCUGCGGCGUCUGACACCCACUCCACGCACUCUCUUUACUCUGACGCAACUCUGAACCCAGGGCUGCCAUUCCAGGAACCGUUCGGCUAUCUAAGCCACUCGGGAAGUGUUGUGGGUGCUGCAGGCGGUAAUUCAAAUGCUGGCGCAGAUCUGCUUCUAUCGCCAGGACAGCAUGGCGAGAUGCCUAACAAUAACUUCGACCAGGAGAUUUCGCUAGGAGAAUCUAUUUCUACAACUAAUCUUGCGCAUCUUAGUUUGCCUCAGACACAGGAUGUGCAGCCAAAUUACGAGUUUAAUGCUGCAGAGCUAGCCAAAAGACUUUACAUCCAGGAGGAGCCAACAUCCCAGCAACAACUUACCGAGAAUAAUUUGUUCAAUUACAAUAUUAACUACACUGACAUCGGUUCUGUGACUUAUAACCAUGACACCCAAAAUGAUGCUCAACUUGCUCACGGCGAUUUUCCAUCCUCUGGCGCUGCUCAGCCAUUUUAUCAAGGGGGCAGUGCAGUCCCUCAUGUCGUGAUGGAAAAUGGCGUUUCGACGCAAAAUCCGGUGUUUAUAUCGAUCGAACAGCCUCCAGAGAUUGUUGCUGCGCGCACGCCUUCGCUUUUUAGUAACUCAUCGCGCAAUUCGUCUCAGCUUGAUUUGGCAGAACUGCUGAAUGCACAGUCUGCGCCGCAGCGACAGGGCUUCGGAGAUGGUGCGAAUGAUAGAGGCGAUGUUCCGAACCCCGAUAAUUACCGAUCUGCAGACGUUCUGCCAGAUGAAAAUGGCGUCACGUCGUUGCACUUAAAUCCAGAUGAUUUGAUUAACAUUCGCCGCAGUCGUGCAUCUCUUGGGUCAGAUAGUGGAAAUCGUUCUCGUUCUCGUUCUCUUUCUAGGUCCAAUUCCUACAAUAACUCUCGCUCAAGUUCUCGUUCUCGUUCACCUUCUGGUCUGGAUGUUAAUGACGAAAUGUCUGACGACGAAGAUGACGCAUCUGCCAUCACCUCUCGCCAAAGAAUGUUGGAUUUAGCCAACACGCAUGUUUCAAAACGCAAGCAAAAACACCCUUCAUUGUUUGCAUGUACAUUGUGUGACAAGAGAUUUACCCGACCAUAUAAUCUCAAAUCGCAUCUCCGAACUCACACUGACGAAAGACCGUUUCUCUGCAAGGUGUGCGGCAAGGCGUUUGCCCGACAACAUGAUAGGAAGCGGCAUGAAGACUUGCACCUGGGAGAAAAGAAGUAUGUUUGCAAAGGUUUGUUGCGAGAUGGGACGGCCAUCGGUUGUGGGAAGCGUUUUGCUCGUGCGGAUGCGUUGCGAAGGCAUUUCCAAACUGAGCUGGGCAAAAUGUGUAUCAAGCGUCUAGUGGAGGAAGACGAGAGAGAGCAAGAUGGUGAACUUCUGUCUGGAAUCCAACUUCCGAGUGGUAAGUUUAUGAACCCGUUACAGCCUGAAAUGCCUGUUCCCACAGUUUCCAUCGUGCCACCUGAGUAG